UCCUCCUCUCUUCGCGCUGCUUCUGUGAAGUCCUUCCGGUGGACAACAACGGAAUUGUAUUUUCACUCAUUAUUUUUGUGAGGAUUGUUGGAUGAAAAAUAGAAUAUUUCAGCUAUAAUAGCCGCUUUAUACCCUGAGCUACAGCGUUUGACUGUGACACAGAACCAACAUGGACGUCCCGAACCCCCCUGAAGAUCAAGAGCUGAGGAAUGUGAUUGACAAACUGGCCCAGUUUGUGGCUCGGAAUGGACCUGAGUUUGAAAAGAUGACCAUGGAGAAGCAGAAGGACAACCCAAAAUUCUCCUUCCUGUUUGGAGGAGAAUAUUUCAGCUACUAUAAAUGCAAGCUUGCUAUGGAGCAACAGCAACAUCUUUUCAACCCUGGAAACAAAGAUGUGGUUGACAUUCCCCCUCCAUCAAUGCAGCUCGUUCCUCCACCUCCAAUUGCUCUGUCAGCUGCACCCUCGAUAGAUGAGCUCAUUCAACAGAGCCAGUGGAACCUCCAGCAACAAGAGCAGCACCUACACACUCUCAGACAGGAGCAAGUGACAGCUGCCAUCACCCUGGCAAUGGAGCAGCAGAUCCAGAAGCUUCUGGUAGAAACUCAGUUGGACAUCACAGAGUUCGACAACCUGCUGCAGCCCAUCAUCGACACCUGCACUAAAGAUGCUAUCUCUGCUGGUAAAAACUGGAUGUUCAACAAUGCCAAGGGGCCACAGCAUUGUGAACUGAUGGCAUCACAUCUUCGUAAUCGCAUCACUGUUGACAGCGCACAUUUUGAGCUCCGCCUACACCUCAUCUAUUUAACCAAUGAUGUUCUUCAUCACUGCCAGCGGAAGCAGCAGAAGGAUUUGUUGGCGGCGUUGCAGAAGGUUGUUGUUCCCAUCUACUGCACUAGUUUUCUAGCAGUAGAGGAAGAGAAGCAACAGAAGAUUACCCGGUUGCUGCAGCUUUGGGAGAAGAACGGGUAUUUUGAUGAAGAGACCAUACAGCAGCUGCAGAACCCAGCACUUGGCAUUGGACAGUACCAGGCUUCCCUGAUAACAGAGUAUGCUGGUGUGGUGCAGCCCAUCCAGCUGGCCUUUCAGCAGCAGAUUCAGGCUUUAAAGACCCAACAUGAGAAGUUUGUUACUAGUUUGAAGCAGCAGCAACAGGCUUGCCCUGCAGGACCAGCAGCUCCCCCUGCUGAAGCUGAAAAAGCCCCGCCUAUAACAACCCAAGCCAGUACAGGAGAUGUGAAGCCUCCUGUGAUUGGACCUCCUCCAGGAGACUUUGAUGGAGCUCCACCCAGAUCACAGGACCCCAAAAAUUCCAGUGGGCCAUCUGAUAUGCCACCCAACAAGCCUGCGUGGUUUGAGCCUCAGCAUGUCGGACCCUGGAACCCCAACCAGCCG